CUCGGGUCGCACAGAAGAGGUCCGCGUCGAGCAAAUCGUCGACGCGGGAUGUUUUGGAAGAACCGGCGGCAGAAAAGAAAGUCAACCUUCGUUGACCUUGGACCUUUUGAGUUCGCAGCGUUGAGGUCUAUUUGACUAACGGGGGCUCGGAGUGACAGAAAGUAAGGAACGAGAAAAGUCUGUCGAAACUUACGGGUUCUCACGAGCGGUUACUACACACCGUGCGAAUUUUCCGUCACUUUCGCACGGGGCGGCCCGGCCGAAAUCUAUUUAGAUGACCCGCAACGCGGCGGCCGUCGUCAAUUCACCCGGAGCAAUGGUCAGGUCCACAACCGCGGUUCAGGUGCUGCUACUGUUUGCGUGCGCCGCGUUCGCGGCGUCCGUCGGCGAUGAACGGGACGCUGAACCCGAGACCGUCGCGGCGACGAAGACCACGACGGCGAGCUCGGCCACCGCGGCCACCACGGCCACCGCAGAGGCCGCGUCGACGGCCUUGCCAAAGGACGUGUCUAUCAUCAAGCAGAUCAACAAGGUCAACGACGACGGAUCGUACACGUUCGGAUACGAAGCGUCCGACGGCAGCUUCAAAGUGGAAAGCCGCGACGUGGCGGGCAACGUGAAAGGUAUGUUCGGGUUCGUGGACGAGUCGGGGCAGCUGAAACGGGUGACGUACUCGGCCAACAACUCGUCCGGCUUCCAGGCAGCCGGAGGUGCAUCGUCGCCGUCGCCGCCGUUGCAGGACUCGUUGGCUGCGCUGUCGUCCUUGCAGACGAUCCCUCCCCGGAAGAAAAAAGACGACGAAUCGGUGUCCAACGACGGCAAGUCCACUGGCGGCGUGAAAAAGGUGCUGGUGUCCAAAAGACCGGUCAUGGCCGCACCGGCUGAACUGGACGACACCGAUCGGCGCCGCGGUGGCAACGACUUGCGCAGGCAGCUGCCCAGGAACGAAGAAGACGACACGCCCGACGUGUACGGCGUCCACAGCCGGUCCAGCCUACAAUCAGGUCCCGUUUCACCCAUCGUGUCGGCGCUCAUGUCCGAGUUGGACCCGAUCAUGGCGUACAGGACGCGGCCGACCACACUUCCGGCUUCGUACGACACCGCACCGUCACCGCCGCCGACAACGCUCCCGACCGACCAGUUCGUCCGACGGAUCACGAUCAGCAGGCAGGCCCAGGAGGAUGACGAGCCAUCGUCACCGCAAUACCGAACGGUAACAGUACAACCGCAGCAGCAACAGCAGCAGCAACAGCUGUACCGCGGCAGCAAACCGUACCAUCUUCCAGCCGCGUAUCCGGUGUUGCCGCCGUACCAGCAGCAACCCUCCGUCGUGUACGGUCCCAAUUUGGCAUCCUUGAGGGACGAGCUCAUGGAACUUAUCCUGUCGUUCGUGCAAGCGCGCAUCUCGCAGCUCAUGCCGUACGCGCCUUCGCCGUACCCAAUGCCUUACCAACAGCCCAACUAUUAUGUGCCCAGUUACUACCAAGGGCCUCGGGUUCAAGGAUCACCGAGGCUUUCAUCCGUGGCUGGGAUCGCUGUACAGCAACAAUUCACCCAACAACAACAACAACAGCAACAAGACGACUACCUGACGGUCGACCCUGCGCAACAACAAUCGUCACCUAGGGUCACACAGACUCUCAAAGAUGGGCUGAUCCGCAUGCUGUUGUCCACUAGUCCGCGGUACGAUCCGGAAAGGUUCGUCGAAGAGGGGUCCACGCCCAGGCUCACUUACAGACGGACCACCCAAUCGACACCAGUCAGAAACGUGCAGAUCAUCGGAGAGGACCAAGCGAGCAGUACCAGACCAGUGACCACCGAAACGCCCGACUAACCCUAACCUUCGUCACACGCUCCUCAUUCCUAGACCUAGCCCCAAAACAGUUUCAAGUAGUAUUUUGUACAUAUCAUAUGUAAUAUUAUUAUUAUUAUUAUUAUUAUUAUUAUUAUUAUAAUUAUUUGCAACCUGUUUUAAUACACACAUAGAAAUAAUGUCUAUUUGAAA